AUGUCGGCAUUGUUCCUCGUAUCGCUGAAUCGCGCUAGCGCGUGUGGCCUAGGCCUGAUACAGAAGCGAGGAUGUUCUCGACGAGGCUACGAUAUUCAUACCUUUCGACCUUUCAAUGCCAUGGCUCGCGUCAACGAGCAGCGUAGCCUGAUUGACGAUGAGGCGCGCUUGGGAUACCGUGGAAAUCUGUAG